GAGCUGAACUACUUCUUCAGUCAUCCUGAGGUAGACUUUAAUGAAAAUGGCAUUCCUUCGACAGAGUACAACCAAGUAUCAGGAAAGCGUUCCCACGGUAUCUCCCAAACUAGUCAUCUUGGUGUUGGAGGCAUGAGCCGACGUAGAACUUUCCUACUUUAUGCUGGCCUUUCAGCUAUAACAGCAGAAUCGGCAGCUACAGGCCCAGGAAACGCUUCUUCUACUGUCCAUGUGCCGGCGAUUUUCAACAGCUGCAUUGGAAUGCCAGGCUUCCCGACGACCAGCUACCUGGGUCAACCAGUCAAUGAGGCGACAGUCGGCGUUUAUGGACGCAUGUGGCAUUCUCCGGAUAGCAACUUGGGAUUAAAUAUUGCCAGCUACAAUCAAAACUAUUGGUCCUGCUGGGGUGGUGUCAACAACGGGGAAUUCAUCUGCUUGACUGACGUCGGACUAUCCGACGACGAGGAUGCCGCUGGUUUCGCAUUUGGCGGAGUCGGCAUACUCCGUCUUGACCCAUCUGGCUGUCCUUCAGACGCACAAUUUCUGGACGAUCUGCGUAGUCUCCUCGAGAUUCAACUUCAAAACAUCUCUAUACUUCAGGCUGCCACAAUCAGCAAUUAUUGUUCUUUAUCCAGCCUGGGCUCGGGCGGGGCCCCAUACACGGGGUCGGUAAAAUCUUGUCAAGCUAUGGGUGGACAGAAUGCUUCCGCUGCUGCUGCAGCUGCCGCCGUCGCCGCGGCUUCAGCUGUUGCCUCCGCUUCUGCUACCACAUCUUCUGGAAGCUCCACACAGUCACAACCAUCAGGCCAGCAGCUUAAAUUGAUGCUCCGCUUCUGCAUGGCGGCCUGCCGAGUCUUAUCAACCACUUGGUAUUUAGAAUCCCAGAAAGCUGUCACUUUAGCCAUUCUUUUCAAAGCUUCCUCUACUUUAUAA